AUGGGAAGCGAAUGGGAUGCAUUUAUCGAAGGGGCCAUUACGAGCUUGAACUUAUACCAGUACCUUCCGAAACGUUUCACUGAUGAGCUGAACGUGAUACAACGCUUAUCGAACUUUACGUCCCGCGCCGAAUUGCAAGAUUGGCUUUGCCAACUGCCAAACAUUCUUCCAGCUGGAGAAGCAUCAUCCAACGAGCUACGUACAAAGGGAAACGCGAUGUUCAAACACAAAUCCAGCAAUCAUCUGGUACUUGCAGCGUAUAACAAAGCAAUCCUUGCUGCCCCAGCCGGUUCGCGAGCGUUGGCAUUGAGCCAUGCCAAUCGUGCCGUUGUGCUUAUUCGCUUAGGACGGUAUCGGGAAGCGUACGAGGAUUGUCAGCUAGCAUUGGAUGGAGAUUAUCCGGCGGAAAAGCGCCUCAAAGUUUACUUCCGCCAGGCGGAAUGUGCAGAAAGUAUGAACGAUCACAGUAAGCUGGGUCCGAUUGUCGACGGUAUAUCACAGAUAGCAGAUGGCGAUCUGUCACAAGUGCUAUCGAAGGGCGAACGGGUCAAGUUACAAACACUCCAGACAAAAUAUGAUGCAGUUGAGAAGCGUUCGGUUGAAGCUGCAACACGGAGUGAUGAUAGUAAUUUUCUUGCAUACGUUAAGAUAUGUUCAAACCGUGAAGGAGGACGCCAUGCUAUUGCGCAGGACACACUUCUUACAGACCAUAUCGUUGCCAGGGAAACGGCCGUCUCCUUCGUGCCAGUGUAUGAUCCUAACGUACGCAAUACGUACGACUGCCAAAAGUGUGCCAAAGUCAAUGUGAUCCCUUUUCCGUGUUCCACCUGUGGAAGCGCAUGCUACUGCAGCAUCCAGUGCAGAGACGAUCACCGGCCCGUGCACCGUUUUGAGUGUACCGGGUAUCAGAAACGUUUGUGGCAUUUCAUUGGCAUCGCACAUUUAGGGAUGCGCAGCUUUCUGGACGGAUUCGAUACGAUUCGUAGCAAAAUGUUGAAGCUAUGCGAUGAAAAAUGUGAUCCAAAAUUUGAUGUGUGGCUUACGGAUGUAACCAGUGGUGGAGAAAAACAGUUUGGCCAUUAUAAACAGGUGUUGGGGUUGGUAACUAACUUCCACCGAAUGGACCCAGAUGAUGUGCUGCGUUAUGCAUUGGCCGGUCUGAUGCUCUCCAUUUAUCUGUUCGAGUUUACACCAUUUUUAAGCGCAUAUGGUUUAACGCAGGGGAUCGAUCGAUUGCGCCAUUGCUGUGCAGCGCUAAUAAUGCGUCACAUUGGUCAAUUGGUAUGCAAUGGGCAUGCGAUCAGCGAACUACGUGCAAAAUCGUCAUGUGCCAGCUCCUACGGAGGACACCGGGAAGCAUUUGUUUUGCUGCAGGAAGAUAACUUCCUUCCGCAAGCUGGAUUGCUGCAUCUUUGCUUUAGCAGUUCGCGUAUAUUCACGGCGAUAUUUCCCCAAAUAAGUAUGUUUAACCAUGAUUGCAAUCCAAACAUUCGCAAUCACUUUGAUCGAUCUACGCUCACGGUUUAUGCUACCCGUAAAAUACCACAAGACAGUGAAGUUGUAAACUGUUACGGUCCCCAUUAUAAGCUUAUGCCGCGGGACAUGCGCUUAAUGCAUCUUAAGCAGCAGUACUGUUUCGACUGUUACUGUGAUCGAUGCCGCGGUGGAGACGAUAUGUUCCUGAGCAAGUACAAUGUGAUCUGUUGUAGUGUUUGUUGGCAGCAGUUUUCCAUGGAGCUAAAUAUGGAGCACUUGCUGGCAGGUAACAGCGUAUUCUGUACCCAUUGUUCCGCCGCAAUCGAUACCGAUUGGGUCAGAAUAUUUGAGCAAAUGGAUGAUGAUCAAGAAUAUGUGGACAGGGAUUUCCAACGAAUUGUGACACUAUAUGACAGGUGCGAACAAACAUUAGUAGGCUUUAAUCAAACAAAGGCCGACGUACUGGACGCAAUACUGCACACCUACACGAAACAUGCAACCAUGAACCACUUUUUACAUUCUGCCUUGCAGAAAUAUGCAAUGGAACUUGUUUCCAGUAGACGGGAACGGUAUGAUAGAAUGAGCCUAGAAUUCUUAACCGCCUGUUCCUAUCUGCUAGAUCUGUGGGCCAUGCUGUAUCUGGUUAAUGGUCAUGUACCGGUAGAGCUAUCAAAAGAGGAGCACACUGCACUGAAAGACUUUCGUGCCGCAAUCAGCAUUGUCGGAAUGGAGAAUCGUAUACUAAUUUUAGAUUAUGCGGAACAAUUUGUAAUAUUAAAUGAAGAAACUAGAGAUUAG